CUAGUAUAUCAAGCUACGCUGCUCCAAUUGUAGGAUUCAAACUGAGAGAAUUGCUAUAAUUGAAACUGGCAGAGUACAGUCAUACUAUAUUUUGUCGAUUGCUAUUUUGUAUUCUGUUUGAUUGAUCGAUUCCCCAUGAAAGUACUUUCACUUCUAGCCUUAGCCACGGUGCUAGUGGCAGACGUCUCCGCUCUUGUGGCACCUUCUGUCACCGAAAUCAGCCCCGAGGUGGUUUUGCACAAGAGAGCCAGAGAAGUCAUCAUAAACAAAGACUACAAGAAACAGCAGGAAGCCAAGGCCGCUUUGGCUGCUGGUAAGACUUCAACCUCUGAAGUGCCUAGAAAGUGGUUCCGGACUGUAUCUUCCACUAUAGUCGAGGUUGUAACUCCGACAGUCAUUGCCGGAGUCACAUUUGGUGCCAAACCUCCUGCCACUACUGAUGGAAUGGAACCCUGGGUUUCAUUGAACAAGAAUGGUUCACCAAAGACCGUGAAGCCGGCCAUUAAGAACGGUAGAACCAAGAAUGCAUCGCCUACUUACGGCACGUGGUUUGCUACGGCUACCACUAAGGUCUACAGUAAGGAAGAGUUGAAGGCUCACAACAUGGAAGAAGACGAAGUCUUUGAGGACGUUCAACAUAUCGAAGAAGACCCAUACGAACACUCGUUGAAUCCAAUAAUCAGAUGCACCCCAGACUUGUACAGGAAGAAGGGUGUAGCCAAAGAUCAAUCUUCUGAACCUUUCUGUUUCCCACACGAUAACCAACAAUGGAAGAAAGAACAGACUUACUUCAUCACGUGGUACUCCCGAUUCUUUGAUGACGAAGUCGAAAAUGUCAAGGUCCAUUUGUCGUACGUUAAGGAAAGUGCCCAUCAAAAAGGAUUCAAGAAGAGAGAGAUAUCCGAAAAUGUAGAAAAUGAAAAUGCAGGACCAAGUAAUUUGUCAAAGAGAUCUGCUAUUAUCGACAAGGGUGGUGUAGUAGAGCAAGUCUCGUUCUAUUCGUCGGAUUGGCUUAAAAAGAGUCAAGGCUAUUUUCCAGUCACUGUUGAUGAAAAAUGGAUUGGCGACAACGACUAUUACAGAAAAGUAUUGAUUUCUCUUCAGCCUGACAACAUUCCCGAAGAGGACUUCGACUUUUUGGAACACUCUCUUGUCAUUGAAAUCAGUAAAGGUUCAAAGGUGAGCAAGGAACACUUGGUAGACUUGAAGAAAUUAGAAGAAAAGUAUAACAACCCAGGCUAUGAAGUGCUUGACGAAGGUGUUGACUUUGAAAAGUACUACGUCAUGAUGACCAUGCCUACCUGUGUAAUCCUCGCUGCCUUUUUGAUGUACAUCUUUGUUUACAUGAAUAAGGUAGACUUGAGCCAUUUGAAGAAGAAAAAGUUUGCCAGAAAGAAUACUACUCAUAGGAAAAUUCCUUUUAUUUCUAAGAAGAAGAACGACUACACAGCGUUACCUACCUAUAAUGAGGACUUGACCAAGAAUGAUUAAGAAAAGACAGUUGAAACCACAAGUUCUAGCAGGUCAAGACUACAAGGCUGCAUGCUGAGAGUCUAAGAGUCUAAAAGAGUAGACGAUUGACUGGAAAGACCCUUUUAGUUUUAAUAUUAGUGCAAGUUGCUACUACAAUUUUAAUAACUUUGAACUUCAAUAAAUAGCAAGUUUUUAUAGAACAAAAAAUCCAAUGUCCUCGCAACGG